GGGGGCGGGCGCGCCCCAGCACUCAGCCCCGCAGCCCUCGGCCCAAUGCGGAGAGCUGUAGUGCUCCCACGCCCACACCCGCAACGCCCCGUCCUCGCUCGUGCUUGUUGAGCCUCUGCUCGUGAUGUGACACCGUCGCGACUGCCUCAACAUGAUUGUCCGAAAGCUCUGCGUCGCCGUCCCAGCCCGUGCCUCCUUCCUCGCCCUGCGCACCGCGCGCGCAUUCCAUGCCCGAGGUCCCCUGCGCUCCACAUACCACCGCUCUGACUUCGGUGGCCAGGGCUUCUCGAGCUUCUACGAGGCCGAUCAGCCCACGCGAGGCCCUCUGGGGGGCACUUCCAGCAUCGGGAGCAGCCAUGUUACGCCCAAGGCCCUGCGCCAGCACCUGGACCAGUUCGUCGUCGACCAGGAGCGUGCCAAGGUCGUGCUGAGUGUUGCCAUACACGAGCACCACCUGCGCAUCCAGGAGCUGCGGCGACAGCGAGACGAGCAGGCGCGGCUGGACGCGCAGGCCCAGCGCAGAGCGUCGGCGUUCAGGCAUCCUGUAGAAGACGAGUUCCCCGGCCAGCAGGCGACUGUGCAUGUCUCCAGUUCUGCAGAUCCAGUGUCGUACAGCGACCCUUUCCUCACGUCGCACUCGUCAGCGCCGCUAGAUCCCGAACCCUUACCCGAGCCCCCGCUAGAGCCGCUGCAGAUAGACAAGUCGAAUGUGCUGAUAUUAGGUCCCACUGGCGUGGGCAAGACACUGAUGUGCAAAACGCUGGCGAAGACACUAGGUAUCCCUAUCUCCAUGUCUGACUGCACCACCUUCACGCAGGCGGGAUACAUUGGAGACGAUGUGGAACAGUGCGUGUCUCGCCUCUUUUCUGCUGCCGGCCAUGAUAUUGAGGCUACUGAGCACGGUAUCAUUGUGCUGGACGAGAUUGAUAAGAUUGCUUCAGCCAAGAUGUCGUACGGCAAGGAUGUUGGUGGCGAAGGCGUGCAGCAAGCGUUGCUGAAGAUCAUCGAGGGCACAACGGUUCAAGUGCGCGCGAAGCCCGAGAAAAGUGCUGCGAAGAGCCCAAGCAACCACGGCAGCUACCCUUCUGGCAAUCCACUCGACAACUCACGAAGUCCGCUUUCAGGUGGUGCCCCAGGUGGAGGCAAAGACGAAGUGUUCAACAUCCGUACUGAUAACAUUCUCUUCAUAUGCACUGGUGCAUUCGCCAACCUGCACAAGACCAUCCUUGAUCGGAAGUCGAUGGGCGGCAUUGGGUUCGGUGCUUCAAUCCGUUCAUCGAAGUCCGAGGCGUCUGCUGAAGGAGUGAUGCUACGAGGUGAGGAGGCGGCUCGAUUCAAAAAAGACGCACCGUUCUUUGUCCCACCGGAGAAGCCAAAUCCAUUCGGUGGCGUUCGGCAGAAGAUACCUGAAGAGAAAGUCAAUGUCCUUGACCACGUACAGCCAGCUGAUCUUCAAAAGUACGGCAUGAUACCUGAGCUCAUCGGUCGCAUUCCAACCGUGUGCGCUGUCUCUGCUCUUGACGAGGAAGCCUUGGUUCGCGUCCUUACCGAACCAAAGAACAGUCUGCUUUCGCAAGAGCAGCACAAAUUCUACCUCCGAAACAUCGAACUACGCUUUACCAGCGGUGCACUGCGGGAGGUCGCGCGAAAGGCUAGCAAAAUGGGCACGGGUGCCCGUGGCCUGCGACAUGUAGUUGACCAGCUGCUGCUGCAAGCCAAGUACGAGACACCAGGUUCGAGCGUCAAGCAUAUUCUAGUCACGCGAGACGUCGCGCUCCUCAAAGUCGCUCCGCUGUACUUCCUCAGAGGCCAGUCCAGCGCCUUCCAAACGACUCUCACACGAGAGGAAGAGCAGUGGGACGAAGAGCUUCGCAGCAAAGAAGACUUGGCUAAUGGCCACGUACACUCGUUCGAAGAGUAUCGGAAGGUUGGCGCAGCCGGCUCCUGAGCACGGCACGAGUCUUGGUUCGAGGUCGACUCUCGUCGUCUACGGUCUGCCACGAUCGGGCCGUAUGGAGGCGCCAUCAUUGGCGCGGAGCGUUGAAGCGAUAUACAUAUGCGAAGCGUGUGCCGAAAGUUUAUGGCGAUGGUGCAUUUCGCGACAGCACUGGACCGCGGCAGAUGCGACAACGGGAUGCUGUCCGAGACGCUGUCUUGACGACACUUGACAGCGUGGAGGGAUGUUAGUUCGAUUCGCUGUAGAUGAUAAGAAACACUCAUAGAGCGUUCAUGAGAUAAUGUAAAUGAUUCACGAAGAUGUCACCAGUA